AUGUCUGGUUCUAGGAGAAUCCAACCCAGACUGUCUACGAGGUUCCAGAGACGCAGUCCUCCCAGGUUCCUGCUGCAGAGACGUCGUCCCCCCAGGUUCCUGCUGCAGAGACACCAUCGUCCCAGGUUCCUGCUGCAGAGACACCAUAGUCCCAGGUUCCUGCUUCAGAGACGCCAUGGUCCUAGGUUCCUGCAAAAGAGACGCAGUCCUCCCAGGUUCCGGCUGCAGAAACGCCAUCGUCCCAGGUUCUUGCUGCAGAGACACCAUCGUCCCAGAUUCCUGCUUCAGAGAAGCCAUUGUCCCAGGUUCCUGCUGCAGAGACACCAUUGUCCCAGGUUCCUGCUGCAAAGACAACAUAGUCCCAGGUUCCUGCUGCAGAGACACCAUCAUCCCAGGUUCCUGCUUCAGAGAAGCCAUUGUCCUAGGUUCCUGCAACAGAGACGCAGUCCUCCCAGGUUCCGGCUGCAGAAACGCAAUCAUCCCAGGUUCCUGCUGGAGAGACACCAUCGUCCCAGGUUCCUGCUUCAGAGAAGCCAUCGUCCCAGGUUCCUGCUGCAGAGACGCCAUUGUCCCAGGUUCCUGCUGCAAAGACACCAUAGUCCCAGGUUCCUGCUGCAAAGACACCAUAGUCCCAGGUUCCUGCUUCUGAGAUGCCAUCAUCCCAGGUUCCUGCUUCAGAGACGCCAUCGUCCCAGGUUCCUGCUUCAGAGACACCAUCGUCCUAGGUUCCUGCAACAGAGACGCAGUCCUCCCAGGUUCCGGCUGCAGAAACGCCAUCAUCCCAGGUUCCUGCUGGAGAGACACCAUCGUCCCAGGUUCCUGCUGCAGAGACACCAUUGUCCCAGGUUCCUGUUGCAGAGACGCCGUCCCCCCAGGUUCCUGCUGCAGAGACAUCGUCCUCCCAGGUUCCUGCUUCAGAGACGCCAUCGUCCCAGGUUCCUGCUUCAGAGACACCAUCGUCCUAGGUUCCUGCUUCAGAGACACCAUCGUCCUAGGUUCCUGCUUCAGAGACGCCAUCGUCCCAGGUUCCUGCUUCAGAGACACCAUCGUCCUAGGUUCCUGCUUCAGAGACACCAUCGUCCUAGGUUCCUGCUUCAGAGACACCAUCGUCCUAGGUUCCUGCUUCAGAGACGCCAUCGUCCCAGGUUCCUGCUUCAGAGACGCCAUCGUCCUAGAGACGCCAUCGUCCUAGGUUCCUGCUUCAGAGACGCCAUCGUCCUAGGUUCCAACUGCAGAGACGCCGUCCCCACGGCCAUCCUUCAGAGAACAUUCAGAGCCUCCUACUCUGAAGAGGAGAACAUUCAGAGCCUCCUUCUCUGUGGAGGAGAACAUUCAGAGCCUCCUUCUCUGUGGAGAACAUUCAGAGCCUCCUUCUCUGAAGAGGAGAACAUUCAGAGCCUCCUUCUCUGGAGGAGAACAUUCACAGCCUCCUUCUCUGUGGAGAACAUUCAGAGCCUCCUACUCUGUGGAGGAGAACAUUCAGAGCCUCCUACUCUGAAGAGGAGAACAUUCAGAGCCUCCUUCUCUGUGGAGGAGAACAUUCAGAGCCUCCUUCUCUGUGGAGAACAUUCAGAGCCUCCUUCUCUGAAGAGGAGAACAUUCAGAGCCUCCUUCUCUGGAGGAGAACAUUCACAGCCUCCUUCUCUGUGGAGAACAUUCAGAGCCUCCUUCUCUGAAGAGGAGAACAUUCACAGCCUCCUUCUCUGUGGAGAACAUUCAGAGCCUCCUUCUCUGAAGAGGAGAACAUUCAGAACCUCCUUCUCUGGAGGAGAACAUUCACAGCCUCCUUCUCUGUGGAGAACAUUCAGAGCCUCCUUCUCUGAAGAGGAGAACAUUCACAGCCUCCUUCUCUGUGGAGAACAUUCAGAGCCUCCUUCUCUGGAGGAGAACAUUCACAGCCUCCUUCUCUGUGGAGAACAUUCAGAGCCUCCUUCUCUGUGGAGGAGAACAUUAAGAGCCUCCUUCUCUGGAGGAGAACAUUCACAGCCUCCUUCUCUGUGGAGAACAUUCAGAGCCUCCUUCUCUGAAGAGGAGAACAUUCAGAGCCUCCUUCUCUGGAGGAGAACAUUCACAGCCUCCUUCUCUGUGGAGAACAUUCAGAGCCUCCUUCUCUGUGGAGGAGAACAUUAA